AUGCAUUUCCAUCGUUUCUGUGGCGUUAUUACCGCAAUAGCCCUCUCUUGGGUGCCCGAGACGCUCUGUCGACAAGAAAACCCGAAGCCAUCAACAUGCGAUGGUGUCCUGAUGGUGCAAGGGGAGAUACCAGAAAUCUUGGGGGUAGACGGGAAGCCAUUCAAUCAAUUUGUAGGCAACUUGACAUACUCCCUCGGAAUGGAUGGGGCACUCUCGCUCAAUAGCACGUCGCCGACAUGGCAUUGCGACCCAAUCAAAGCUAAAACAAACUCCACAAAUACCAUGCGAACUCUAAAAAACGUGUUCGGUUCCGCACAGAUGUCGUGCAAAGCAGAUGUUCAGGAUGUUGAAUCAUCUUGGGUUACUCAAUGGACAAAAGUUACGUUUGCCGGGCAGCUCUAUGUCAGUAUCAUUGUCCAUGAUGGAAUCUGCGGUGCACCCACUACCUUACUGGGUUCCGGUACCACAUGCUACUAUAGUGCAACGACUGAUGGUGGACUCAAAGGUAAUGCCGAAUGCAGGUGGAAAACAAUCGAUCAGCCACACCACCAAGGUGACAAUGCGGAUGACGGGGGCCAAGGCGGUGGCGAGUGA